GAUGGCAGUGGUGUGGAGCCUCCCAGUGCCACAGUGCUGCCUGCUGCUGUUGCUGUCCCUGCUGGCCGUGCUACACAUAGGCAAGCACUUACUGCUGCAACGGCAGCAGCAGAGAUGCCGGGAGCCACCGGGCCCCUUCGCAUGGCCUUUGAUCGGCAAUGCGGCACAGCUGGGCAGCACACCACACCUGGCCUUCACUCGCCUGGCCCAAGCCUACGGUGAUAUCUUCCAGCUGCGCCUGGGCGCCUGGCACGUCGUGGUUCUGAAUGGUGAGCAAGCCAUCCGGCAGGCACUGGUGCGCCAGGGUGCCACCUUUGCAGGGCGCCCUCCCUUUCCGUCCUUCCAGCUGGUGUCAGGCGGGCGCAGCCUGGCUUUCAGCACCUAUUCUGAGCUGUGGCAGUUGCACCGGCGGGUGGCGCAGGGCAUGGUGCGCUCCUUCUCCACAGGUGGUGCUGGGGCCCGCCACCGCCUCGAGCGGCACCUGCUGGCUGAGGCCCGGGCACUGCUGCGGCUACUGGCAUGGGGCAGCUCAGGUGGUGCCUUUGUGGACCCAACGCGGAGCCUGGUGGUGGCAGUAGCCAACGUGAUGAGUGCGCUGUGCUUCGGACGCCGCUACAGCCACAGUGACAGUGAGUUCCUGCGCCUGGUGGGGCGCAAUGAGCAGUUCAGCCAAGCCGUGGGUGCUGGCAGCUUGGUGGAUGUGCUGCCCUGGCUGCGCUGCUUCCCCAGCCCUGUGCGAGCUGCUUAUGCCGCCUUCCGCGAGCUCAACCAUGACUUCUAUGGCUUUGUGCGUGCCAAGUUUGUGCAGCACCAUGGCAGCCUCCGCCCAGGUGCUGCCCCCCGUGACAUGAUGGAUGCCUUUAUCCGCCUGCAGCAGGAGCAGCCCUGUCUGCCCCUUGAGCAUGUGCCUGCCACAGUCACUGACAUCUUCGGUGCCAGUCAGGACACACUCUCCACGGCCUUGCAGUGGCUCCUUCUCUUCCUUAUCAGGUAUCCAAAAGUGCAAGCUAAGAUGCGAGAAGAAAUAGAUAAGAUUGUUGGUAGAGAUCGCCUGCCCUCCGCUGAAGACCAGCCACACCUGCCCUACGUCAUGGCUUUCCUGUAUGAAUCUUUGCGUUUCAGCAGCUUUGUGCCGGUCACUAUUCCACAUGCUACCACAGCGGACACCUGCCUAAUGGGCUACCUCAUUCCCAAAGAUACAGUGAUAUUUGUUAAUCAGUGGUCAGUGAAUCAUGACCCAGCAAAGUGGUCCAACCCAGAGGACUUUGACCCAUCGAGAUUCCUGGAUGAGAGAGGAUUUCUCAACAAAGAUCUUACAAGCAGUGUGAUGAUUUUUUCAUUAGGUAAACGUCGGUGCAUUGGAGAGGAGUUAUCUAAGAUGCAACUCUUUCUCUUUACUUCCAUACUUGUGCACCAGUGCAAUUUUACUGCUAAUCCAAAUGAGGACCCUAAAAUGGAUUUCACUUAUGGAUUGACCAUUAAACCUAAGCCUUUUACAGUUAAUGUCACACUUAGGGACUCCCUAGAUUUGCUAGACAGUGCUGUUCAAAGACUGCAAACAGAGAAGACAGCCAGUGAAAAUCACCUCUCAGAAAAUUUCUGAACUUUGAAAUUUGAGUGUAUAAGGAUGUUCCUUCUUCUCUCUCUCUCUUUGGACAUAAAUUAAAUAAAUUAUAAUAUACUCUGGUGGGCUUUUUGGAAGAAAGCAAGCUGGAGGCACAGAAGGCACAAGAGUAGGGAGUAGCAGUAAGCAAGUUCUUUUUAUUUGUUUAUAUGAAUUUGUGAAAGAGAGAACCAAUGGACCCUUUAUAUGAAAUGAUGAAACAAGGGCAAGGACAGGAUUGGAAAGUACAUUGACUUGUCUGUGAAUGGGCAGGAAGAAAACAGUUAUUGUAGCAUGCUUUUCUUACUGCCUGUUUGGAGUAUCCUCACACACACAGUUUUGCACAAUCCAUUCUCUGUUUCUAUGAAACGCUCCAAGCCCCGAUUUUGCCUUCCCUGAUUCUACAGCCUAAAGUGACAUCUGUUGUAGAAAGAGAGGUGCCCAGAAUAUUAGAGCUCAAUUCUACAAGGGUACACUGCGGGGAACUGGUAUGUCCUGUAUUAUAACUACUGGGAUGUAUAUCUGUGCUUUGAUUUAAACAAAAGAACCUUCAAUUUUUUUUAAUUAAUUUGUAGUAAGAAGUCUUACCUUUAACAUUCCAAAGUGUUUACAAGUAUGACAAAAAAACUAGACUCAGUUAUAAGCACAAUAUUUUGAAAUGUAAUUCAUAUUUUGUCUGUAAACUACAUAUAUGAACAAAUGGAAUGUACUGCCACAUGGACUUUCAUUACAUCUUGAAAGAAAAAAAUAGUUUAUCACCAAAUGGCAGAUGCGCUAUAGAAUCCAUGAACAUAUUCAUAAAAAGAAAGAAAAGAUUCAAUCAAAAGAAAAUAGCAAUUGUUUUUAACUAGGAAAACUUACUAGUGGCCUUCCAUUAUGAACUUUGUUUUCUCAGUUAAAAGCUUAUGCCCCAUGUUUACCAACUCUUAGGCACAGGAGUGAUCCUUAAUCAUGAGUUGUCCAGUUGAAAUUUGUGUGGGUAAGGUUUUUCCUGUAAUGGGCUUUUGGGUUGGAACUUCUGUGCUACAAAGAUUGAAUAAUGUAUACAGUAUAGAUGGUUAUCCCAUAGUCUUUCUAUUAGCUUGAGUUAAAAUUACGCAUAUGAUGGUUCAUCAUGGAUUGAUGCACUACACUUUCAAAAAGGAUGUGAAACAAAAACUAAUGGGAAGCUGGGAUACAAACAGAUUGGGUCCAUUAAUUAUAACUCAAAAAUGUCUUUUGCUUUACUCCAGAAAACACGUUUAAAAAUAAUAAAUAGAUAAAGAGCCUUAUAAUAUCCUUCAGUUCAGAGUUUAUCUGAAAAAUAUUUACAGCUUUGUCCCUCUGUCCCGAUGUAUUCAUUAGGAAAUAAACGAUAUUCAUUAUAGACAUGGCACAAACCUAUUAUUUGUAAGUCUAUGACCUUGCAAAGUCCUGUGAAGUACAAACCACCCUCAGUUCCAAGUGAAAUCAUUGGGAGUUAAGGGCACUUGGCCUAUUACUUGACUGUUGUAUAGUCAGACCAUCUGGUAUCCAGAAAAAUAUGGGCCUGAUCCUAUAAAUAUUCAUAACCUGUUGAAAUCAAUGGGGCAAUUUGUCUGAAUAAGGACUGUUAGCAUGAAUAAGGAUUUGCAGGAUUGAUCCUUAACUUAUACAGAAAGUCCAUAGUAUGGCAAAAUUCACAUUGACACUUACAGGAGAAGGAUUAAGGCCUGAUCCUGACCCUUUUGAAACAGAUUGGAGCAUUGCCAUUGACUUCAAAGGGGGGCCAUGUCAGGGUCUACAGCAGGUCAGCAGUGUUUUUGGGCAGAGUACCCAAAAUACCAAAAACCUUGACUUGUAAGAUGUUGGUGUGCCAGGGGCGGGGGAACCACAAGGGGCCUUAUCCUUGUGGCAGCACAGCCCUGGCCCAUUCCCCACUAUCUGCCCUGAGGUGCGUGCCAAGCAAAAUGCUUUCGCAUGCCAUGUUCUGGCACCCGUGCCGGGGGUUGCCUACACCUAAAAGAACUCUUUGCUCUCCACAUGGUAAUAGCAAACUCAACUCUGCUAUCUCAUAUCUUUUUGGCUUUGCACAAGAGUGCAUCUUCAUGGAUUUCAAAACAACAGCAACAAUAAACAUUAAAUGGCCUUUUCAGUAUAACAGGGGUAUCCUCAGGUAUUGUAUGGAUGACAAAAUCUAUGAUAUCCCAGAACUUAGCCUAUACCUGUGAAAUGCUUUAUAACAUACUCUACAGUUUCAUAUUCAGAUCUACAUUAGAUCAGAUGCCAGCAACACAUUUUUUCUCUUCUACUUACAUAAAUAUCUCACGUAUUAAAAAAUAUAUAAACCACAACAGAAUAGCUGUGCUAACUCCCGGAUCAUUUUUUCUGUAUUUUAACAAAUAAAAUAACUUUUUGUAAUUUUGUAUGUUACCCAAAAGCUUUAAAGUACAUAAGUGGCUGCUAACAUGACUUUCAUUCAUACAGCUGAAAUUGAUGUUUAUGAACAGAUAAUAUGCAAUAUACUUUAUGGUCAAAUAUAUGCACUGUAAAAAAGUUGAAAUUCAUUAACAUUAAUUUAGAAUGUAUACAGUUCUUAAGCUAAUAUUUGUGGACAUGUUUAAGAUGGAUGACUGUAUUACCAAAUUAUUAAAUAUAAAUCAUACUGCACCUGCA